CCCUGCGCUCCCCGCCGUGCGGCCGCGACAGCAUGGGCGCCCAGGCGCCGCUCGGGCUACCGGCCGCGCCCCCGCUCGCCGUCUGCGGCUACACGUCGGUGCUUCUGCUCUUCGCCUUCUGCCUGCCCGAGAGCCGCGCGUCCAACCAGCCCGCCGGCGGUGGCGGGGACUGUCCCGGAGGCAGAGGCAAGAGCAUCAACUGCUCAGAGUUAAAUGUGAGAGAAUCUGAUAUCAGAGUGUGUGAUGAGUCAUCCUGUAAAUAUGGAGGUGUCUGCAAAGAAGAUGGAGAUGGUUUGAAAUGUGCAUGCCAAUUUCAGUGCCAUACAAAUUACAUUCCUGUCUGUGGAUCAAAUGGGGAUACUUAUCAGAAUGAAUGUUUUCUCAGGAGGGCUGCUUGUAAGCACCAGAAAGACAUAACAGUGGUGUCACGUGGACCUUGCUACUCCGAUAAUGGCUCUGGAUCUGGAGAAGGAGAGGAGGAAGGCUCAGGAGCAGAGGCUCACAGGAAACAUUCCAAGUGUGGACCGUGCAAGUACAAAGCUGAGUGUGACGAGGACGCGGAAAACGUUGGGUGUGUAUGUAAUAUAGACUGCAGUGGGUACAGUUUUAACCCCGUGUGUGCUUCCGAUGGGAGUUCCUAUAACAAUCCCUGUUUCGUUCGAGAAGCAUCUUGUAUAAAGCAAGAACAGAUCGACAUAAGACAUCUUGGCCACUGCACAGACACAGAUGAUACGAAUUUAUUGGGAAAGAAAGAUGAUGGGCUGCAGUAUCGACCAGACGUGAAAGAUGCUGGUGAUCAAAGGGAAGAUGUUUAUAUUGGAAGCCACAUGCCUUGUCCUGAAAACCUCAAUGGGUACUGCAUCCACGGGAAGUGUGAAUUCAUCUAUUCUACUCAGAAGGCUUCUUGUAGAUGCGAAUCUGGUUACACUGGCCAGCACUGUGAAAAGACGGACUUUAGUAUUCUCUAUGUAGUACCAAGUAGGCAGAAGCUCACGCACGUUCUUAUCGCAGCCAUUAUUGGAGCUGUACAGAUCGCCAUUAUAGUAGCAAUUGUCAUGUGCAUAACGAGAAAAUGCCCCAAGAACAACAGAGGACGUCGACAGAAGCAAAACCUAGGUCAUUUUACUUCAGACACUUCAUCCAGAAUGGUUUGAACUGCUGGCUUUUGUAUGCACACUGACCAUGUGAUGUACAUUUAUUAUGUCUUUUUUUAAAGAAUGGAAAUAUUUA